CACGAGUUUCUUUGAUUUGAGGCACCGGAUCCUUAACCCGACCCGAAUCCAGAUUGUGCAGACUUUUAUUUCUCUCCUCAUGUCUUGAUCUGAGAGUGAGAGUGAAGAAAAUAGGAAGAAAGUGAUAAAUUGAAGAUUUAGCAAUAGAUCUCUCAUUUCUCUAAAUUCUCGCUUCACACAGUAUCUACUGGAUUAGGGUUUUCGAUCUUUCUCUCAUUCAUUUCAACCUCUAUUCCUUCCUCAUGUACUUCUCUUUUCAGUUACCGCCAUAAUUUUCAUUUCUCCUUCUUUUUUUUUUUUUUGAAUCGAGCUUAAAUUAAUGGCGUCGUUUCGACGGACUCUGUCGCCGGCGUAUCACGAUCGCCAGUACCUAAACGGCGCGUUUUCCGUUUCCUCUCCGGCGCACAAGCUCGCCAACGCGAACGCCAAGUACUCGUCGCCGCUGCCGGCGCUGGUGGCGGCGCUGCGGCGGCUGGCCGGCGGAAGGCACGGUCGGAAGGGGCAGUGGAGGCGCGCGGCGUUCAGGUGCGUGCUGUGCUUCUUCGUAGGGUUUUUGUUAGGAAUGUUUCCGUUCGGCCACGUGGCGGAGGACGUUCGCUCGCACGAAAUCUCGUUCGAGAUGAAGUCGCCGCCGCACGCGGAGGCGCAGCGGCUCCGGGAGGGUCGCGUUCUGCGGAAUCGCGGCGUGGAGGAGGGUUUGGUGAUCGAUCCGGUGAGUUUGAGCGCGGAGAGGGAGAGGCAGAGCGAGAGGUUCGAUUUCGCGCCGAGGAAGCCGUUGAUUGUGGUGACGCCGACGUACGGACGGGCUUUUCAGGCGUAUUUCCUGAACAGGCUGGCGCAGGUUCUGCGGCUGGUGCCGCCGCCGGUGGUGUGGGUGGUGGUGGAGAUGAACGCGGCGUCGAUGGAGACGGCGGAGGUGCUGCGGAAGACGGGCGUGAUGUAUAGGCAUUUGGUGUGCAAGAAGAAUUCGACGGAUGUGAAGGACAGAGGGGUUCAUCAGAGGAACACGGCGUUGGAGCACAUUGAGCGCCAUAGGCUUGAUGGGAUUGUUUACUUUGCGGACGAUGAUAAUGUGUAUUCUCUCGAGUUAUUCGAUGCCUUGAGAGACAUCAGCCGAUUUGGCACUUGGCCUGUUGCCAUGCUUGCACCGAGCAAGAACAAGGCCAUUUUGGAGGGGCCCGUAUGCAAUGCAAGCCAAGUGAUUGGAUGGCACACUAAUGAAAAAAGUAGAAGACUUCGUAGAUUUCAUGUUGAUAUGUCUGGAUUUGCAUUCAACAGCACAAUCUUGUGGGAUCCAAAACGAUGGCGGCGACCUUCUUCAAAUCCCAUACGACAGUUAGACACAGUAAAGGAGGGUUUUCAAGAGACCACCUUUAUAGAACAAUUGGUGGAAGAUGAAAGUCAAAUGGAAGGUUCACCUGCUGGGUGUUCAAAAAUAUUGAACUGGCAUCUCCAUUUGAAUGCUCAUAAUAUAGCUUACCCAAAAGGCUGGGUGCUUCAGAAAAAUCUAGAUGCUGUCAUACCUGUCAAGUAAUCCCCCACCAAUUCUAUUGUGUGUGAUAGUUGGCCCAUAUUUGGUAUUGGUUCAUCACUGAAUAGAUGGAUGCAUCAGUUAGCCACCAUUGGCACUAAUGCAUUUUGUCGCGGGGCAAGACAGGAACAGGUUACUGAUUUUGUUUCCCAAAGUAUUGCACAAAUAUUUGCAAGGGAAAAUUUUUGCUGUUGUAAAGUAUUCUGCCAUAUUUCUUUGAGAGAAAUAGAUCCUCCGAGAAGAACAAAAACUGUUUAAUCGACUUGUUUGAUUUUCAACAUUAUACCCAGCUAGCUAUGUAUCGGUGGAUGUUUCAUCUGGUUGCUAAUUUCUGUCGACCAAUACUAUUUCUGAUUUAGGCCAUACAUCAAAAUCUGUAGAGGGUAAUUUCUCAAAUGUACUGCACUCUUAAUAUUCCUUUUUAUUCUUUCAAUUGAUGGUAUUCUUCCCGGUUCUUGCUUAA